GUGCCGAGGCGACUGAAGUCAGUCUUGGCCAAGGCAGCAGCAACGGACAAACACACUUCGCUGGGUUGUGAGGCCACCCCACUCCACUCCACCAUCUCAUCGAUCCACCCUCGCAUGCACACCACUCUACCAUCUCAUCGAUCAUGACCACGAAGAGUGACAAGUCCCCCGCGAAACCGGCGGCGCCGGAGCCGUGGAGGGACCACGAAGUGCGAUUCGACUCCAUCGCAACCCACAUGCAGCCCGGCCCAGGCGAGGUCAUCAUCGACUCGCUCAGCAAUGUCGAGGACACACAGGGCAACAACGGCGUUAGAGGGAAGCUGGUGGUGACGAACCUGCGCAUCAUGUGGCACGCCAUCAAGAAGCCGUCCGUCAACCUGUCGAUUGGGCUGUUCUGCAUCUCGCAGAUCUCCGUGAAGAUGGUUGAGUCGAAACUCAAGGGCGGGCGAACACAAGCACUCACACUCGUCUGCAAGUUCAAGAAAAUGCGCUUCUCCUUUGUCUUCACGUACCUGGUGCCAUCAUCGCCUCGCCUCUUCACCAUCAUUCAAGCCGUGCACAGGGCGUACGACUCGACGCGUCUGUAUCGGGAGGUGGUGGUCCGAUCCUCCACUCUCGUCAGUGACGACCGCGUCGCUGUCCUUCCAGACGAAGAAAUCUUCGACACACUCGACGGCGUGUGGAACCUCUCAGGCGACAAGGGGGAGCUUGGGACGAUGGUGGUGUCCAACAUUCGCUGCAUCUGGUAUUCAGACCUCGAUCCACGCUUCAACGUCACCAUCCCAUAUUGCAUGAUGUCCCGCAUCGCCAUCCGCAACUCCAAGUUUGGCAAAGCGCUUGUGGUCAAGACGGCCAAGGCGGCGCGCUCCCUCACCAUUGGAUUUCGCAUCGACCCCGCAGACAGGCUGCAACGUGUCGCACAGAAGAUGGAGCGACUGCACAGGGUGUACCACGCUAGCCCCAUUUACGGCGUGCACGUGGACGUGGAGACAGCAGAGGGCGAGGGCGAGGGCGCCGGCGAGAUGGAGACGGAGGACGACGAUAUCGAAAUCAUUCAGCGCGAUGACUUUGACGUCCUGGCCGCGUAUGCGAAUGGGCGGUUGGGUCAAGAGGCAAGCGAGGACAACAAGAUGCCCGUGUACAGCGAGGAGCUUGGGUUGGCCAUCGAGCCACUGCUUCCAGGUUUCACCUUGGACGCGCUGGCGAACAUUGCGUGUUGAAACAAUGAGAUGUGGUUGCUUCCCUCCCUUUCUUUGAUCCCUUGCAUGUCCCCCUUGUGUGUGUUUUCUAUGCUUUUUAUAUGCGCAGCCAGUGUUGGGGUGUUUCAUGUUGUUACUCGAAAUCAAUGCACGCGAUAUCACGGUGUA